CGAUCCUAUGAAGCUGAAUACAGAACUAUUAGACGAAGUAGACAAGAAACGAGUUUAUGUUGUUUGACCAGUUGCCUUUAUAACGAACUUAACACGAUUUAUACAUUUUAUAUUGAAGUCGAAGCACUCCUAUUUUUAAGAGAGACUGGUAAAUGCAAAUAGUUGACCCGACAAGAUCCAGAAUGAGACGGCGAACACAAGCCUGCGCGAAGGUAACAGACUCGAGUGAACCUGGAGUAUCAGCCCAGCUCGGGCACCUUGACAGAAUGGAUCCAGAGAGGCGCAGUCACCAGAGGGAGUAUGGAGAACCAGAGAGGCGAAGUCACCAGAGGGAGUAUGGAGAACCGGAGAGGCGCAGUCACCAGAGGGAGUAUGGAGAACCAGAGAGGCGCAGUCACCAGAGGGAGUAUGGAGAACCAGAGAGGCACAGUCACCAGAGGGAGUAUGGAGAACCAGAGAGGCGAAGUCACCAGAGGGAGUAUGGAGAACCAGAGAGGCGAAGUCACCAGAGGGAGUAUGGAGAACCAGAGAGGCGAAGUCACCAGAGGGAGUAUGGAGAACCAGAGAGGCGAAGUCACCAGAGGGAGUAUGGAGAACCAGAGAGGCGCAGUCACCAGAGGGAGUAUGGAGAACCAGAGAGGCGCAGUCACCAGAGGGAGUAUGGAGAACCAGAGAGGCGCAGUCACCAGAGGGAGUAUGGAGAACCAGAGAGGCGCAGUCACCAGAGGGAGUAUGGAGAACCAGAGAGGCGCAGUCACCAGAGGGAGUAUGGAGAACCAGAGAGGCGCAGUCACCAGAGGGAGUAUGGAGAACCAGAGAGGCGCAGUCACCAGAGGGAGUAUGGAGAACCAGAGAGGCGCAGUCACCAGAGGGAGUAUGGAGAACCAGGGAGGCGCAGUCACCAGAGGGAGUAUGGAGAACCAGGGAGGCGCAGUCACCAGAGGGAGUAUGGAGAACCAGGGAGGCGCAGUCACCAGAGGGAGUAUGGAGAACCAGGGAGGCGCAGUCACCAGAGGGAGUAUGGAGAACCAGAGAGGCACAGUCGGCGGAGGGAGUACGGAGAAAUGAGCUCAGGACAAUGGAACGAUAGCCUUCAGAGAGACAACGGCCAGGCUAUGGCCAGAGAGCUCUACAGUGAAUACUCCAGCAUGAGGAGGACUAGAGAAGGUUUGGGGGACUAUGGUGCUUCCUCUGAUAUGAGCUACAUAAUGGACCCAUCGUCCAGAGACUGGAGCGAAGGCUCAUUGAGGGGUAGUGGUGCUCCCUUCUCCGCAGACACAGAUGGGGAUGUUGAUGGAGAUCCUGUGGAGCUCAGUGUGGAGGACCUGGAGCUCAUAGAGGAGAAGAGAGCUGUUCUUGCUUUGCAAAAGGUUAAACACGGAGCUAAGGACAUGCCUAAAACACAGACUGCACACACAACAGCGAAGGGCAUGUCUAAACCGAGGAAGGCGAACAAUAGAACAUUCAACAGUAAUGUCGCGGACCAGUCGUCACGCAUAUGCCUACCUCUUAAACGGAGGAUGCUGGACAUUCUGAGUAAGGAUACCCCUGCCAAGCUGAAGAAACAAAACAAGAUGCGAGCAUUGGAUCUGAUGAUUAGAGCUCCCCUAGAAAAUGAAGAGGCCCGUCCUCUGAGACUGAGGGUUUUAAUGAACCAGCGACGCUAUCCCGACAAUGAGGAGGUGGUCCCGAAUGAUAAAUGGCAAAUUCAGAGGCCAGUUCAUUCACUCAGGACACAGGAGAAAGACAUAGCAGCCACAGGCUUCCAGCGCUUCCUCAAUGUCCUCAAUAAAGGGGUGGACCUCAACAAGCUCUCAAAGAUCGUCAACAACAAAAAUGGGUUACUCAUUGUGGGCGAGGAGCUACCACAAGUUUGGCCGACUCUGCCCGAGGGUCAUGUUGACUCCAGCAGUAGAUCCAAGUCUUCUCUAGUUGAGAAGACGAAGGUGAGGCUUGAGGAUGAGCAGCGGCACGAGCAGAUGCAGACCCUGCUGGAGAUCGUUGGGCUGGACUUGGGGGUUGAGGAGUUGGGUCAGCUGACAGACAGGACCAAUGACAGGCUGUAUGGGAAGAUGGGAGACUUGAAAAGGAAGGAGUUCGAGAAUGAGAAGGGGGACAGAGAAAAAGGAAAGCGAGCCUUCAUUUAAACAUCUCAGUACUUCCUCAUUACCAUCAGACAGCGCCAGCCCCCUUCUAAACCAGCACUCAAACAUGACCGUUGAAUACAGCAGCUUUAGUAACAGGGUAUGUGACAUAGAGGGACAGAUCUGAGAGGGACUGCCACCGACACUCUGGUACCAGAGACAAGGAAAGAGGGAGGGAGGAGGAUAUAGUCAGAGAAAUGUACAGAUCGGAAAGAGAUUGAGUGAGAGAUGGUCACAAACACUAGUACCAGAGAUCGGGACAGAGAGGGAGACGAGGACAGAGUCAGAAAAGGGGACACUCCUGCAAGAGAGAGAUACGGGCAAAGAUGCUCUCGUACCAGAGAGAAGGACUGAGUCAGAGAAAGGGACAGAUCUGAGAGAGACUGAAAGGGAGACUGGCACAGACACUCCAGUACCAGAGAGAGACAAGGACAUACCGGUAGUCAGAGAAACUAACAGAUCAGAAAGGAACAGACAUAAAGACGGGGACAAAGACCCAGAGAAAGACUGGGACAGAGACCAAGAGGGAGACUGGGACAGAUCUCAGUGACACCAGGACAGAGACCCAGAGAAAGACUGUGACUGAGGCCGAGAGAGACCCCGGGGCAGAUCUGAGAAAGACAGAAACCGAGAGAUAGACAAGGACAUAGACAGGAGGCUGCAAAGGACCAGAGACAAACGUUCUGGGACCAGAAACUGGGACACCGACAGCAACUGCCACACUAUUACUAGAGACUGGGACAUAGAGAGAUCUGAGAGGGUUAGGCAUGGGGAUGAGUCUAUAGACGGCUCCAUUGAGCUCUACUCAUACUCCAUGGACCCUAUAUACCCUGUUUCUCAUCCUCCUCAUGCAUCUAUGAUGGCAACCACCCAGUACUCUCCGUAGAUGGCAUACCACAGCAGCCCCUACACCAUUGCAUUCCCUCCUGGGAGGGGUUAUCCCCUGGUACCAUGCCCCAUGAUACCAUGCUUCCUGGAAUCAUGCCCGCUGGUGCCAUGCUGCCUGGUAACAAGCCCCUCCUACCCACCCCCCCCCCCCCCUCCAGCUCACAUCUACCCAGCCUGCUAGCAACCUCCAGCUCUCAUCUACCCAGCCUGCUAGCAACCUCCAGCUCACAUCUACCCAGCCUGCUAGCAACCUCCAGCUCUCAUCUACCCAGCCUGCUACUAGCAAACUCCAGCUCUCAUCUACCCAGCCUGCUACUAUAGCAACCUCCAGCUCACAUCUACCCAGCCUGCUAGCAACCUCCAGCUCACAUCUACCCAGCCUGCUAGCAACCUCCAGCUCACAUCUACCCAGCCUGCUAGCAACCUCCAGCUCACAUCUACCCAGCCUGCUAGCAUACUCCAGCUCACAUCUACCCAGCCUGCUAGCAUACUCCAGCUCACAUCUACCCAGCCUGCUAGCAUACUCCAGCUCACAUCUACCCAGCCUGCUAGCAACCUCCAGCUCACAUCUACCCAGCCUGCUACUAGCAACCUCCAGCUCACAUCUACCCAGCCUGCUACUAGCAACCUCCAGCUCUCAUCUACCCAGCCUGCUACUAGCAACCUCCAGCUAACAUCUACCCAGCCUGCUAGCAACCUCCAGCUCACAUCUACCCAGCCUGCUAGCAACCUCCAGCUCACAUCUACCCAGCCUGCUACUAGCAACCUCCAGCUCACAUCUACCCAGCCUGCUACUAGCUACCUCCAGCUCUCAUCUACCCAGCCUGCUACUAGCAACCUCCAGCUCACAUCUACCCAGCCUGCUACUAGCAACCUCCAGCUCACAUCUAUCCAGCCUGCUACUAGCAACCUCCAGCUCACAUCUUCCCAGCCUGCCAGCACUCCAGCGGUCUUAAGUCAGAGAUGCACAUACAUCCAACCCGCUAGCAACCACCAUCUCACAUACACCCAGCCCGCUAGCAACCACAAGGAAAAGAGACAGAAGCAUGCAGAAGCCAUAGUGAAAGUGUCCCGUCAGAUGGUGACAAAGAAGUCCCCCGCGGUAUUGACCACUCGGAUAGCGACAAAGGAGUCCCCCUCUGAAACAGGGCCUAAGAAAGAACUAGAAGGCGAGGAACCACAUGCUGACGCUGCAGAGAAAGUGCCUCCUCAGGUGACUGCAAUGGACUCUGCGGUCCCCUCUGAAUAAAAUCUGGUAAAAAUGUUGUAUCCAGGUGUCUUCAUGAGGAUUCUAAUCGGAUGUCUAAAGAGGCAUCAGUACAAGAUGAAAGGGAAGGGGAAGCAUCUUGCAAAGAGGAGGAAAAAGGCUUGCCAGUACAAAGGGAAGACACCACUUGUAUACACUAAGGAGAAAGUGCCUCCUCUAGAGGCUGCAAAGGACUCUGGGGACCCCUCUGAGCCAAAGCCCAAGAAGAAAAAAAAACACUAGAGGAAAAAGGAGAGAUAUUCAUAACGGUACACAGAACCUAUUUGACAAGGGGGAAACUGUCAAAGGCAAAAGCAGAUGCUAAAAGCACUGAGGCCAAUUCUGAACCAGCACCCAAGAUGGAAGGGGAGGGAGGAAUGACAGAAGGGAAGGAACUGCUUGCAGACACAAUAGAGAAAGUAGUUCCUCAGUUGAUUACAAAUGCCUCUUAGCUUCCCUCUGAACCAGGGCCCAACAAAAAAACAGAAAGAGGAAGAAACUGUUAGAGUAGAAACUGCGUGCAGAUCAUAUGGAGAAAGUGUCUGCAAAGAGCCCUCAGGCCCUCUUGGAACCAAAGGCCGAGAAGGAGAGGACGACGCAAUUAAAGAUGGCGAGAAACUGCUAGCAGACCUUGUGGAGAAUGCGGCUAUAAUGGGCCCUGGCUUUCUCUCUGAACCAGAGGCUGAGAAAGAGACUAGGGGAUAAACAACAAGUUCUCCCUUGGUUAUCUGAAAUACCCAUGUUUUCACUAAGAUGAGGUUAUGUUGACCUUUUAUCUACCUAUGACUUGGCGUUCACCAGUCAACCACAUUUUGUCCUUGUUAUGGCAAAGCCUUUUAAUGACAUUGAAAUUCUUAAAUGUUCCUCAACUUGAAGAGUUCAAGCUGAAGAUAGGCACGCCUAACAUAGCCUCAAAGGAUGGCUAGCUGUUGUAAGUAAAAGCACCAGAAAUACAUUAGUUUCAAGGGAACAUGAUUGUAUUAUAUCAUAGCAAGUCGUUCGUCUCAACUCUUUCUCUUUUCUGCAGAUCUUCACUGGGCGUCAUGAGCUCAUCUCCCACUAGAAUAGAACCUGCUGCUGACCCAUCCAGACCCUAUGGACAUCAGUUGGCUUACAUGGUUACCUAUCAACCAUUUUAUAGAUUUGUAAUGACACUGGCAAAGGAUUUGUUAAAGUUGAGCCUUGUCCUUAAAUGCUUCACAUUGAAGUUAUUUUCAGUGUAAUUUAUUGGUAUUGUGUGUAUGUGGUAGGACCUAGGCCGCUCAUAUAUGCUAAGUACCUUUAGCGUCUACUGACGAUAGUAUCUUCUGGCCGGGGGAGUUUUAUUAAGACCCCAGACACUUGCACUAAAUGUUAACAUGCAUCAUUUCACACAUCGUUUGCGGUACGAUUUUGGAAACAUAAGGAACUAUCUUACAUAUCAGUGGAGAGAAAGAAACACCCGUUUAUUGGGUUAGGGUUCCAGUGCUGGUUUACGGAAAACAUACAGAGACAGUUGACUACCUGUGCUAAUUAGUGAUCUGCGUCUCCAAAAACCUGUGUAGAAACAGAAGAUGGACACCGCAAACUCAUCACCGAAAAAUACUAUCGGCUGCAACUGUUAAAACCGGUUUUAUAAACUGGGUGGUUUGAGGCCUGAUUUCUGAUUGGCUGAAAGCCAUGGUAUAUCAGACCGUAUACCACAGGUAUGACUAAGCAUUUAGUUUGACGGCUCUAAUUACGUUGGUAACCAGUUUACAAUAGCAAUAAAGCUCCUCUGGGAUUUGGGAUUAUGACCAAUACCACUGCCAAGGGCUGUGUCCAGGCACUCUGUGUUGCGUCGUACAUAAGAAAAGACCUUAGCCGUGGUAUAUUGACCAUAUACCACUCUUCCUCUGGUCUUACUGCUUUUAUAACACGAGUAAAUGGAUAUUUUUCAUAUGAAAGUAGAUGGCUUUAUGUUUCUAGAACCGUACCUCAAUUUAGAUGGAGUAUUUGGCUGCCAGAGACAAUUUGCCUGUUUAUAAACCAAAUAAGGGCGUGGAGUUUACUUGGUCUGGUCAUGUGGUCAGGAAAAACUCCUGGCCCUGGGCAUAGUACAUGUGUAUCAAUGCGAUGAAAAGACUAGCGGCGGAAUUAUGUUUGUAAGUUGUCAUGCCUGAUAGCUAAAAUAACUGCCAUUGUUUCAU